CGCUGUUUGCAUCCAGCAGCAGAAAUCAUCACAUGAUCCACCCAGAUCCUGUCUGCUCCGACUCAAAGCUUCGCAGAGUUGCAUAGGUGCGAUAGUCUUUGUAUUUUGUUGGGACUAUAAUACACUGCGCAGGUGUGACACAGUCGUCGUUGUCUUCUUGAGAGUUGCUUCGAAGCCAAAGUUAACACAGACAACGCCACCCAUCCAUCUUUCCUUGCGUGCUGUUUUACCUGCUGGACAAUGAAGCUGAUCAUCUUGAAUGACUACGACGGGGCAAGCGAGUGGGCUGCAAAGUACAUUAGGAACAAGAUUUUACUGUUCAACCCCGGUCCCGACAGACAUUUUACUCUGGGACUCCCUACAGGAAGCACUCCUUUGGGUUGUUACAAGAAACUUAUUGAGUACUACAAGAAUGGAGAGAUCUCCUUCCAGUUCGUGAAGACUUUCAACAUGGAUGAAUAUGUAGGCCUUCCCAGGGAUCACCCUGAGAGCUACCACUCCUUCAUGUGGAACAACUUCUUCAAGCACAUAGACAUAAAAGCAGAGAACACGCACAUUCUUGAUGGCAAUGCACCUGACCUGCAAGCCGAGUGUGAAGCAUUUGAGAGGAAGAUAACAGCUGCUGGGGGGAUUGAGCUGUUUGUGGGAGGUAUUGGACCCGAUGGCCACAUUGCCUUUAAUGAGCCUGGUUCAAGCCUGGUUUCCAGAACCAGGGUGAAGACCUUGGCAAGGGAUACUAUCAUGGCGAAUGCCCGAUUCUUUGAUGGAGAUCUCGCAAAGGUGCCAACCAUGGCUCUGACUGUAGGAGUGGGCACUGUCAUGGAUUCAAAAGAGGUCAUGAUUCUCAUCACUGGUGCGCACAAAGCAUUCGCUUUGUACAAAGCUAUAGAGGAAGGUGUGAAUCACAUGUGGACAGUGUCUGCAUUCCAGCAGCACCCACAGACUGUUUUUGUAUGUGACGAAGACGCUACUCUGGAACUGCGGGUGAAAACUGUCAAGUACUUCAAAGGGAUGAUGCAUGUACACAACAAGCUGGUAGAGUCGCCUCUGUCAGAGCCUAAGAAGAACUGAGGACAUCUGUUUCAAACCUUAUGGAUCAUGGAGGCAUUUUUCAAAGGUUUACACUCCAAUAAUUCCUUUAUCUUCUGAUGGAAACAGAUCGAGCAGUGCUUGGAGUUCCCUACAAUUAAUCAUAAUAUGGAUAGUAAGGUGCUGGUACAGCACAGGCUGACAGUUUUUUGGUGAUUGUUUGUACAACUUUCCUUCUCAUUGGUUCUUUGUAAUAAAGUGAGUUUAAUUUUUUCA